AUGUCCAUCCUCGUUCUAGGAGCCGGCGAGCUGGGCAUCGCCAUGCUCAAGGGCCUCAUCUCACAUCCGUCCCGCCCUCAGAAUUCCAGUGUCACCGUCCUCAUACGCCAAGUCACCAAAAAGUCUGGCAGUGAGGCCAAAAACAAGCAAAUUGACGAAAUCAAAGCGCUCGGGGUAGGAAUCGAGUUUGCGGAUAUCGUUUUCAAAACCGUCCCGCAACUCGGAGAUAUUUUCCGCAAGUACGAUACGAUCAUCAGCUGCCUGGGUUUCGUCGGCCCAUCGGAGACCCAGCGACGUAUCUGCGCGGCGGUGCUGAAGGUCAAAGUUCGGCGGUUCAUUCCGUGGCAGUUCGGGGUCGACUACGACGUGAUUGGUCGCGGAAGCCCGCAGCCGUUGUUCGACGAGCAGCUCGACGUCCGAGACAUGCUCCGGUCCCAGAGCCAUACAGAGUGGAUUGUUCUGAGCACGGGACUGUUUACGAGUUUCUUGUUCGUCAAGGAUUUUGGAGUUGUGGAUUUUGAGCAGAAGAAGCUGAGGGCGCUGGGAAGUUGGGAUGAUGAAAUCACGCUCACGGGGCCGGAAGAUAUCGCGAGAAUGACGGCCGAGGUUUUGUUUGACCCGCGCGGGAUUCCCGGAAAUGGACGGAAUGUGGUCUACAUAGCUGGUGAUACCGUUUCGUACGCCCGUAUUGCGGAGUGUGUCGAGAAGAGGUUCCCGGAGGUGAAGUUUACGAGGGAAGAAUGGAAUCGGGAAUUGCUGAAGGAGAAUCUGGAGAAGGAUGAAUACAAUAGAUGGAGCCAAUAUCGCGCGAUAUUCGGCUCUGGAAAGGGGAUCGCUUGGCCGCUGGAGGUCACCCUUAACUAUGAACGCGGGAUCCAGCUGACGGAUCUGGAGACAUGGUUGCGAAAUAUGGAAACACCGGAUGUGUUGAAGGCUCAGAAGGCCUUAAAAGAGGAAUGA